AUGGAGAAUCAGAGUGAAACCAUUGUAAACGAAUUUAUUUUAACCGCCUUUUCUCACGACCGGAGGACUCAAAUUCUGUUUUUUGUUUUGUUUUUCCUUAUGUACACUGUAACGGUGUUUGGAAAUAUCAUUCUGAUCGGCGCAGUUAUAUCCAGCUCUCGGAUGCACACACCUAUGUACUAUUUUCUCUGCCAGCUGUCCAUUCUAGAUUUAUUCUACUCGUCGGCUUCUGUUCCCAAAAUGCUUGCGGACAUGAUAUCCACAGAAGGAGGAAGGAUUUCAUUAAUCGGGUGCAUGAUACAGAUGAGCGUAAGUCUUCUCCUAGGACAAAUAGAAUGCAUCCUGCUGGCGAUAAUGGCGUUCGACCGCUACGUCGCCAUCUGCCUCCCUCUGCGUUACGCAGCGCUGAUGAGUUGGAGGUUGUGUAAAACCGCAACAGGCGUUAUGUGGUUGGGUUGUUUUCUAUCAACCACUUUUCCUCUGAUUUCGAAGCCUCCUACAUUCUGCAAAGGUAACAGAGUUGAACAUUUUGCUUGCGAGAGCUUGGUCAUUAUAAAACUGAUGUGCGGAGACAUCUUUUUCUUUGAAACAGUGAUGUUUUUGGGAGGAAUAUUCUUACUCGUGCUUCCUUUUUUGUUCAUUUUAACAACCUACGUUUGUAUUAUAACAUCAAUAUUAAAGAUCCAUUCUGUUGAUGGAAGCACAAAAGCCUUUUCCACGUGUGUUUCCCAUGUGACGGUGGUCUUGCUGUUCUAUGGGACCACUAUAUCCAUGUAUUUGUUGCCAACAAAUUGUUUUUCAGAGAGUCAAAAGUAUAUUAGUCUUAAUUACGGUGUUGUGACACCCAUGUUAAACCCUUUGAUUUAUAGUUUGAGAAAUAAUGAUGUUAAAAGUGCAGUGAAGAAAAUGAUACAUCACAAUGACAUUAAAGUCUUAUGUGCCAAUGGCAAAUAG